ACGAAAUUUCCACAUACACGGAGCCGACCGUUGUUCAGUUAGUUAUUACGAGACCAUCGAGACGACCGGAUGGAUUCCGAUCGAUCCAUUGUACACGACAAGACCACUACAUUCUAAUUAUCUCAUACUAUCCAAUAUUUCGAAAAAAAUAAAAGGUGUCAACCAUAAACACGUACCGUGGAGUAAAUAAAUAGCAUGUGAAUGUGACAGUGAACCGCACCAACUACAAAGCAUACUCUUUAACUACUAAAAAAAAUACAACGCAACAAAAUAAAGCAAAUCAACAUGGAAUAUAAUCGUAUACCUGAUAAGGUGUGUUCUUUCCUUAUCGGCCUUUAAUCUUCCGAUGCGCGAAAACCGGGCUCCGGAUUCAGUUGUGUUUAGUGCUUAGUACAAGACACUCUUGGACUCUUCAUUUUACUUUUUUUCGUUUGUGUGUUUUUUUUGAGUGUGUAUACGAACAACAGAAUAUAAUGAUCGUCGAUCAGUCGCCCUAGAGAAAUAUUUCUUUGUCUUUUUUUGUGGUCAGCAAAAAUGAUGCCAAGAAACUCUACCCCUUUGAUCCUAGACAGGGAUAUCUUUUGCACCUAUAAGAUAAAACUCGAGCGGGUCUUGGGCGUCACAGUCAACAAUAAUGCAGCUUUAGCCUCAGAUCCAAAUUCAGAGACCGUCGCGUAUCCUGCAGGAUGCACAGUGGUCUUGUUCAAUACCACUACUGGUCAGCAAAGUCACAUCAUAAAUACCAGCAAGAAGACUGUUACUUCUUUGGCUUUUUCAUCAUGUGGACGAUAUCUAGUUACAGGGGAAUGUGGGCAUCAGCCAGCUGUGAGGAUUUGGGAUCUUCAAUCGGAUCCUCAGCCUGCACAGACAGGGUUGGCCCCACAGGUCCAGCAGGUGGCGGAGUUCGUGGGGCAUAAAUAUGGGAUCAGUUGUGUUGCCUUUUCGCCUACCAACAAAUUCGUGGUCAGCAUCGGAACCCAACACGAUAUGAUCGUCAACGUGUGGGACUGGAAGAGCAACAUCAAAGUGGCCAGUAACAAGAUCAGCACAAAGGUGAAGUCCAUUGCUUUCGCCGACAACGGCAGCUACUUCGUUACCGUAGGAAAUAGGCACGUUAAAUUUUGGUUCUUGGAAUAUGGAAAAAAUAAGUAUAACAAAGAGGCGGUGCCGCUCAUGGGAAGAUCUGCAAUCUUGGGCGAGCAACGAAACAAUUACUUCUGUGACGUCGCUUGUGGAAAAUCCCAGUGCGGGGACAGCACAUACGCAAUCACCAGAUCAGGUCUUCUAUGCGAGUUCAACAAUCGACGUCUGCUGGACAAAUGGGUCGAGUUGAGGACGACGAGCGCCAAUUGCAUUUCAGUCGGUAACCAAUUCAUCUUCGUCGGUUGCGCGGACGGCAUAGUGAGAUGCUUCGAUCCGACCACCCUCAAUUUCAUCACAACACUACCCAGGACCCAUUACCUAGGUGUCGAUGUCUCUCUAGGUCUCAACAUUACGCACAUGUCAUCACCUCCACAAGAGGCCAAAUAUCCAGACACAACUGCCAUAACGUACGAUGAGUCUAGUAAAAAAUUAACGUGUAUCUACAAUGACCACUCAAUAUACGUAUGGGAUGUCCACAAUAUAAGAAGAGUCGGAAAAUCACAUUCUUUUCUUUACCAUUCCGCGUGUAUCUGGGGUGUGGAAAUGGCUCCUCCGCAAAGUCCGUUACCAUCUGGGACCUUCCUCACCUGCAGCUCAGACGAUACCAUUCGCGUUUGGACAUUAGAUAAGCUCAAUGAUAAAACUGCCAAGGGCAUGUACAGAAGAAACAUUUACAGCAAUGAAUUGCUCAAAGUGGUGUACGUGGAUAAAGAACUUGCGUACCUUAAAGACUUAGAUGCGUCCUCGAGUAACGUAUCAAACGAAAAGCAGGAUUCCUCUUACGAUGCUCGCAAUGGCGUGAGAUCGAUCCGUUUGAGUAGCGAUGGAAAGCAGCUCGCUUCUGGAGAUAGAUCUGGUAACAUCCGCAUCCACGAAACUGUGUCCAUGACUCAGCAAUUGAACAUCGAAGCUCACGAUGCCGAAGUACUGUGCUUGGAGUUCAGCAAUCCUUCCGAAUCGACCGGAGGUCAUCGUCUGAUGGCGAGCGCCAGUCGGGAUCGUCUGAUACACGUCUUCGACGUGAAUCGCGAUUACAACUUCCUGCAGACCCUAGAUGAUCACAGCUCGUCCAUCACGGCCGUCCGCUUCCUCACAUCGCAGCACGGCAAUCUCCAAAUGGUCUCCUGCGGAGCUGAUAAAAGUUUAAUAUUCAGAUCGUUGGGUGGUACACCGAACGGUACACCGCAGUUCCAAAGAGGCCACAACGCCACGGGAAAGACAACCCUUUACGAUAUGGAAGUGGAUGCUGGCCAAAAGCACGUAUUAACUGCUUGCCAGGAUAGGAAUGUUAGAAUUUACAGUGUCGGAACUGGAAAGCACACCAAAAGCUUUAAAGGAAGCACAGGAGACGAUGGAACUCUUAUAAAAGUGGUUUUAGAUAAAUCCGGCAUUUAUUUAGCCACUUCUUGCACAGAUAAAUCUCUAUCAGUGUACGACUAUUACACAGGGGAAUGCAUGGCUACAAUGUGCGGACACUCCGAAUUGGUUACAGGCUUGAGAUUCACCAACGAUUGCAGACGUUUGAUAUCAGCUAGUGGCGAUGGAUGCAUAUUUGUUUGGAGAGUCCCUCAUGAUAUGGUGAUAACGAUGCAUGCAAGGCUGAGUCAACAGGCGAUGCGUCAAGGCAAAACUUUGGAUCAUGAAAUCUUCAGCGACAACAGUAACGUCGAUUUCUAUGAACCGAACAAUUCCGGCGUCGACAAUGAUUAUAGAUUUAGUAUUGGUCAAUUGCCUCUUUGGGCUAAGAAACAUAUCUCAGUAGACAGUAGUCCUCCAGUUUCUCUGAACAAAGGUGGAGUAGCUGCGCCCAAAGGCCGAUGGGCGCAAAGGGCUGAGCGCAACGUAGGAGUUAAGUCAAUAUAUACGGAUUCUGUGAUACCUUUUCCCUCUUUACAAGGCUCUGAGGACUCGAAGGAUAGCUCUUUGGAUGGAGAGAUGUACACAAGGCGUGAACUCAGUACUACCAAACAGGAUAACGAUUUUAUUCCAUGCGAAGAAAGCUAUAACGAAAUUACUAAUCCUAAUAGAGAGAUAUCUACAAGCAACAUCAAUUUGAGUCGAGGAGACGGCCGGAGGCUUACCGAAGACUCAUUCGUUGAUCCUGAGUUGGAAUCGAUUGCUCAUGACGGCGAUAUAGAUUCCGAUCAAGAAUACAGACAUCAACCUAUGUAUUACCCAACACAGGCAGAUUCGGCAAGUGGUAGCGAAUUUACCGUGACGAACAUGGAUACCGAAGAGUUGCGCAGGUCGCACAGAAGAUCUAAACGUGGUUCACUUCCACCUGCCAUCAAUAUCCAACCAGUCUCGAUUUCCACGGGAAGCCAAGAUUCAGAUGACGACGAUGAUGAAGCGUCGACUCCAAGCGGAGAAAACACCGAUAGAAAUCCUAUGUCUAUUUUAUCGGUUAGUUCCGAAUCUCUUGAUCAACUGGUGAAUAGGGAGAAAUAUCUUCAGUCGACAUUUGAAAGUUUGAGUGGAGCAGAAAUGGAGUCGCACGGAUUGAACAAGUCUUCGAUAUCCUCCAAAUACCAUACGAGGACCAGCAACACGCCGAAAAUCCGGAACAUAGCUGUGGUCAACGCCAUGAAGCAGACGAAGAACGAUUCGGACACGCUAAAGAAGCGCGAGGAGCUGCACAAGAGGAUCGCAGAAACCAAGAAGAAACUCCAAAGCAUUGGUCAUUCGAGCCCGUUGAAAUAUAGCCAGUCGAUAGCGGACCUUUCGCAUAUACCGGAAAAGGAAAACCGGUGGAACCGGAAAACAGUGCGUAUAGAUGAUGAUAGUCCAGAAAAUUCGUUGCGCAGGGCAUGCAGCCUAAGCGAUCUCACUGUUCAAGGCCCGAUCGUGCCCAAGCGCAAAGUGGAUCAAGUUUCAGGCAAGUCUCUUCCAAAGAAUCCCCAGGUGUCACGGAUUAACCGCUACAGUAAGAGUUCGGGCGCCGGAGCUCCGAUGAUGAGGAGCAGUUCUUUGGUUGGAUUGAACCAUUCGGAUUCUGAUGAUAACGAGAAGAAAUCGCAGAGUAGAUUAAUGCGUCCGACGAUCAGCUCUCAGAACAAGAUCGCCGGGAAUAAUGGUAAAAAUGCAGCCAUGAGGAAGAGGCAUUCGCAUUCAGUCAUGAAUUUAUCAUCGGUGGGCCACGAAGAUAGUUCUUCAGAAGAAAUGGAGAAGGUAAUCACUAAGCCAAUAGUGCCGCCUAGGAAUAGAAUACACUCGAGUGAUGGUAACCCAUCAGCAGCAGCUAGGAAACUUUCAAACAGCAUAAAGGAUAACGUUAAACCAAUGAGGAAUUACGAUAGGCCCAAAGCUGAUAUGGACGACACACUUACCAGCAGCAACUGCGAUGAUUCCUUCAAUGUAUCAACAGCAGAACUUUCAACACAAUUAUGCGAUGAAGUCGCAUUGCAACUAACAAAAGCAGCCAACAACGUGGUGGAACUAUAUCGUCGCCUGACCGAUCCCACCGAGCGCAUUCCAAAGGAAGGCUCCCUUCAGAAGGCGGACAUCCUGAAGAACCUCGAACUUACUAUAGCUUCCACGCAGAAGGUGCUGCAGGACAUCACCUUGGAAAAAUUUCGUCAAAGCAGCAGCCACAUAGAUGUGAACCAGACAGAUGCCGUGAAGAAACUCAAUGAUCUGAUUUCUAAAGGAUUCACCAACGAUCAGAAUGACGUGGUGAACCUAAUGCAGCAAUAUUCGGAUAUCAUAUUGGACAUGAUGCAGCAGAAGAUCCAGGACUCGCAUUCGUGAAUUUUAUAAAUUGUAUGUUAUUUUUUACUGUUCCCUUUUUCUUUUGUAAUGUUUUAUUUAUAUUCGUUUUUAACUUAUUUAUCUGACACCAAAUAAUAAAGCUUUUCCCUAUCCAAACAAAAAAAUAUUAAAAAAGUAUAUAUAUACAUAUAUUUAAAUAUAUUACAUUUAAACUAUAUCAGAUUCAUGUAAUCACGUACCGUUUAUAUCAGCAUGGCAAAAAAAAAAGAAAAUCAUUUUAAAAACUUAUAACGUCUAGAAACGUUUAUUAAUAAACUGAAAAAGUACAGUUGGAUUGAAGAAAAUUAAACUGAAGAAUUAGUGUAGAAUGGAAUGGAGGAGGUGCCAAUUGCCAACUGUUAUUAUUUCAUUAUAAUUAAUAUUGUUAUCAUUCCAUUCAAUGAAGGGGAUACAUUUAAAGAAAAAAAUACUAAUUAAUUGAUAAUGAAAAAAAAAGAAAUAUGGCUGUAA